AUGUCCUCGUCAGGCCUAACACGGCGCCGUGGCGCUGGUGGAGGAGGCGGCUUGGGCAAUGCUGAAGCUGAAGCCAGCAAUGCUGCUUCUGCCAGAACCAAUGCUUCCAACAACAAUGCCAAGGACAGCGGACCCGAAACCAACUACGAAAAGAGCGAAAACGGCCACACGAUUGCCUUUGAUCCAAGGGAUAUGAGCGAGAGUGCCGAGCGCAGCAAACAGCCCAAGCUUACCAUGAUGGAGGAGGUUUUACUCCUUGGAUUGAAAGACAAGCAGGGAUACCUUUCCUUUUGGAACGACAACAUCUCUUACGCGCUACGGGGAUGCAUUGUGCUCGAGCUGGCCUUCCGCGGCCGUAUCAGCAUGGAAAAGGACCCCUCUAGGCGACGCUUUCCUCCUGCCGACCGAAAUAUCGAGGUCAUAGACGAUACUCUUACCGGCGAAGUUUUGCUCGACGAGGCCCUUAAGAUGAUGAAGCAGAGCGAAAAGAUGAGCGUCAGCUCUUGGGUUGACCUGAUGAGCGGCGAAACCUGGAACCUGAUGAAGAUUGGCUACCAACUAAAGCAAGUCCGUGAACGUCUUGCGAAAGGGCUCGUAGACAAGGGCAUCCUCCGCACCGAGAAGCGAAACUUUCUUCUGUUUGACAUGGCAACUCACCCCGUCGCUGAUGGCGGCGCCAAGGAAGAGCUUCGUCGCCGUGUCCGCAACGUCCUGACUCAAAGAACCGUGGUCCUUGCCGGCAACCAGUUUUUGCCCGACAAUCUCGAGUUCCGAUAUCUGCGCACAAUCUGCAUGGUGUGUGCCGCUUACGCCGCCAACGUCCUAGAAAACGCCCUGUCAACGCUUGGCCACGAGGCAAGGGAGAGGGCUUUUGCCCAGACGGAUGAGCUGCUGGCCGACUACAGUCAGUGGCCGUUUGGGAAAAAGGCUACCAGCAACGGGAUUGGUGCCAACCUGCCGCAAGUUAUUUCUGAAGAAGUGGGCAAAGCCAAGGACAAGGAGCUGCAGCUGGAAGUUGUGGCAGCCUGUUUGAGCGUCUUUACUCGCCUCGACUCCCUCCUAUAA